AUGGUUCUCGCUGAUCUCGGUCGUAAGCUUAAUUCAGCGCUCUCGAAUCUCAACAAGUCGCCCGUCGUCGAUGAGAAGGUUCUCGAUGAAUUAUUAAAGGAAAUUACUAAAGCACUACUCGAAUCUGAUGUCAACGUAAAGUUGGUUCAGACACUCAAGAAACAAGUGUUGAAACGUCAUAAACAGGCCAUUUUCGAUGAAUUGGUACAGCUUGUGGACCCUGGCGUUGAGCCAUACAAGCCAAAGAAAGGCCAUCCAAACGUAAUCAUGGCCGUGGGUCUUCAGGGUAAUGGUAAAACCACUACGUGUACCAAACUGGCCGUCCACUACCAAAAGCGUGGCUUCAAAUGCUGCAUUGUCUGUGCAGACACCUUUCGUGCUGGUGCUUUCGAUCAGACACGACAAUCUGCGACAAAGGCCAAAGUGCACUUUUACGGAUCGUACACGGAAACGGAUCCAGUGGCCAUCGCCUCUGAAGGUGUCGCAAAGUUUAAGAAGGAGCGAUUUGAGGUCAUCAUUGUUGACACUAGUGGACGACAUCGACAAGAGUCGGAGCUGUUUGAGGAGAUGAAGCAGAUUCAGGCUGCUGUCAAACCAGACAUGACAGUGCUGGUUCUGGAUGCGAGCAUAGGUCAAGCUGCAGAGGCUCAAAGUAGAGCCUUCAAGGAGAGUGCAGACUUUGGCGCGAUCAUCGUCACCAAAAUGGAUGGACACGCCAAAGGAGGAGGGGCCAUAUCAGCUGUGGCCGCUACCAAAACACCUAUCAUCUUCCUCGGUGUCGGUGAACACUUGAAUGAUCUCGACCGCUUUUCACCCGAGCCGUUUAUUUCCCAAUUAUUAGGAAUGGGAGACCUCAGAGGACUUAUGGAACACAUGUCCGACCUAGCUCGGCAGAACCCGGAUCGACAAAAGGAGAUGACCAAAGCAUUUGAAGAGGGUAAGUUGAGUAUUCGCGACUGGAGAGAACAGAUGCAGAACAUCAUGAGCAUGGGCCCUCUAUCCAAAAUCACCUCGAAGAUUCCUGGAAUGGCCGGCUUGAUGGAAGGCUUAGCAGGGGAGGGCACGGAUGAAGAAGCAUCGAGGCGCCUUAAGAGGCUGAUAUGUAUCACCGACUCGAUGACGCCGGCCGAAUUGGACUCGGAUGGGAUGCUGUUUUUGCGUAUCGGCAAGGACAACAAACCGACCGGCGUUACCAAACGUGUUUUGAGAGUAGCAAAAGGGAGUGGUGCAAGCGUGCGAGAGGUCGAAGAGGUUCUUAUGCAACAUCGAAUGAUGGCGAAUGUCGCCAAACAAAUGGGUGGCAAGAAUGGGAUGUUACAAGCUCUCAAGGGAAUGGGUGGUGCCGGACGAGGGAGAGGAGCUGGUCCAGGUGGAAUGCCGUCUCCUGCCCAGAUCCAGGCAAUGAGACGCAUGAUGCCUCCCGGUAUGAUGCAGCAGAUACAGCAAAUGCAACGCUCCGGCAUGACUCCCGAACAAAUGAUGCGCAACAUGCUAGGUGGAGCUGGAGGGGAUGGCGAUAUGCCCAACAUGGAGGAGAUGCAGCGAAUGAUGAGCCAAAUGGGCAUGGGUGGCGGUGGACCUGGAGGAAUUGGCUCCAUGUUCUCGCGAAUGAUGGGUGCAAUGGGGAACAACUAG